AUGCCGAGGGGCUCUGACACCCACUUCAGCAGCAGCGAUAACAACGCGAUUCAAGAUGGCAGAGGAGGCGAGCAGACCCGCAGGUCACUGGAACAGGAUACAGAGCCUAGAAAGAAGCCUGUGCACUCAUGCCGCCUGCUGCGCGCCCUGCUAGCUGCCCGCGCCAGCCUCGAGCUCUGCCUGUUUGCCUUCUGCAGCCCGCAGCUGGGCCGCGCCGUGGAGCUGCUGCACCAGCGCGGGGUGCGUGUCCGCAUCGUCAGCGACUGCGACUACAUGGCCCUCAACGGCUCACAGAUCGGCCUGCUCCGCAAGGCAGGUAUCCAGGUGCGGCACAACCAGGACCUGGGCUACAUGCACCAUAAGUUUGCGAUCGUGGACAAGAAGGUGUUGAUCACAGGCUCCCUCAACUGGACCACUCAGGCCAUUCAGAACAACAGAGAGAACGUGCUCAUCCUGGAGGACGAGGAGUACGUGAGGCUCUUUCUGGAAGAAUUUGAGCGUAUUUGGGAGGAAUUUAACCCUACGAAGUACACUUUUUUCCCGAAGAAGAGUCGGCGCUGAAGCGUCUGUCCUUCUGCAUUGGGGCGGGGCCCUCCGGGCGUCCAGGACACGGGGCAGGUGCGUGUCCGCUCUGGCCGCAAGGUGGGUCCUACUGCGGAGGCGGGUGCAGUCGUGGUCACCCACGCGGUGGGGCGUGAAAAGGAGCCAGGCCUCGGCCGGCCGCACCUCCGUGUCAGGGGCAGCUGGGUUCCAGGCCUGGGUCGGGAGCGUGGCCGCCCUACAGCCCCCGCAGCCUGCGGUCACCGCUCCUUGGGGGCUUCCAGCGGGUCCGAGUCCGGAUUCUUCUGUCGGACACUGAAGGCCUCACCUGCUGUCGGGGUG